CUUCAAGUCAAUCUAGUCCUUCACAUCCCUAGUACGGACUGCUGGGCUCUGUAGCCAGCUCCCUGGGAGCAGGUCAGCAACAUGUAACAUGUUGGGGGGUGGGAGAUAGGGGCACCCAGUGCAGGCGGACAGCUGCUCCAGCCCCUCUGAUUAACCAGCACUGGUAGGCUUUACCCAUUAAUCUUUUACAUCUCCAGUCUUGGUUUCCCUGUAGUAAAAUGGACUUUGCUAGCCUUUCUCAUUCAUGUCUGUGUGACCCAUUGAUGCUGAAGUGAUGAUGUUUGUUUCUGCUUUCAGAAUGAUUACUUUAAAAAAAAAUAGGUUCAAAGAUCCUAAAUUGCUGCUUGAAAGAGAAUAAAAAAUAAAUAAAACCUUAUUCCAAUUCUGUGAAAGGCUGUUGUAGCCAAGGGUCUAAGAUUAUUAUAAUCCCUGUGUUUACUAGUUUAUUAAAUAACUUGACAUUGCCCAGAAGAUCUGAUCUCUCAUGCAUGCACAUAUUUAAGGGUCACUUAGCGAGUUUACUAGUGGGAAUUAUGUGAUUUACUAGGGAUGCUCUAUGUAGCAAAAAACAAAACUUGUGUUCUGAUUUGACUGCAUUUUUCAUAAAAUAUUACUUUUUUUCCCUAUCCUUUUGUGCCUUGCAAAUUCCUUCAGAAGAGGCAGUGCAAAAGAGCUCCUGGAGAACAAACAGCCAAUUCGUAUGUCACAUCUCGGGUUAUCAUCUGAUGUCUUGGAGUCCCUUCUUCUGUCACCUCAUUGUAGGAUUCUAAAGUCCAUGUGUUUUUCUGCUGUGUUCCCAGUACUAUAGAAAGUGGUCUGGCUCCUUCUUGCCCUGACCAGAGUGCUGUUUUUGUGUGCUACCAAAUGUCAGUGGCGAACAUUUCCAGAGAUGUUUCUUUGCUAGCGUACUAAAAAACUGAUACACUCCUGAAUCACUAUUCAGAGAAACAGGCAAUUGAUUUUUUUUUCUAACCAUGUCCCUGGGUGAAUGGGUGUCACAGCUCUCCAACCCUCUGGGCCUUUGUUACUAAGGAUCACUGGGGAUAGCUGAUCUGACACGUUAAUGUUAAGUGUGCUGUGUUUCAAAGUGUUAAGGAAAAUGCAGAGACGGCAUAGCAGCAACACCGAUAGCCUUCCUCCUGAAAGAAGCCGGAGUCAGACCGUGAGUUCUGAGACCAGCGUGGAUGAAGGAGGCGUGUUCGAAGGUCUGAAGGCUGAAACUCCCUCUCCCCAGCAGCUUUUCUCGGGACUGGCAGGCAUCCCAUCUGGUACCCUUCCAGCUACCCCAUUCCAGGCAGGCCUGGUCCUGGGUUCCUCAGCAGGAGGUGGGGAUGUGUUCAUUCAGAUGCCAGCCCCAAGGGAAGAAGGGGCCAGCCGAACAGAAGGGGCUGCAUUCCACCACCGGCAGCAGUCUCAUCACUAUCACCAUGGCCACCAUCGGGGGUCCUCUCUACUGCACAUGGCCAGUGGAGACCGGCAUGGGCAUGCCGAAGACAGUCCUGAGGACCAGCCUGGGACUCCCGCCCCUGCCCUCUCAGAGUUGAAGGCUGUGAUCUGCUGGCUCCAAAAAGGGCUUCCCUUCAUCCUGAUCCUCCUGGCCAAAGUGUGCUUUCAGCAUACGCUUGGGAUUGCUGUGUGCAUUGGUAUGGCCAGCACAUUUGCAUAUGCUAACUCAACUCUCCGAGAACAGGUCUCAUUGAAAGAGAAGAGGUCAGUGCUGAUUGUCUUCUGGAUCCUGGCUUUCCUCCUGGGGAAUACUUUAUACUUGCUUUACACUUUCAACUCCCAGCAGCUGUACAACAGCCUGAUAUUUCUGAAACCCAAUCUGGAGAGCCUGGAUUUCUUUGACCUGAUGUGGACUGUGGGGAUUGUGGACUUUGUGCUGAAGUACCUCACCAUCUCUUUGAAAUGCCUGGUCGUUGCCCUGCCAAAAAUCAUUCUUGCUGUCAAGGCAAAGGGAAAGUUUUAUUUGAUUAUUGAAGAGCUGAGCCAGCUGUUCCGUUCCCUUGUCCCAAUCCAGCUGUGGUAUAAAUACAUCAUGGGGGAUGAUCCAUCCAGCAGCUAUUUCCUAGGAGGGAUCCUGAUCAUACUGUAUAGCCUCUGCAAGUCUUUUGACAUCUGUGGCCGGGUGGGGAGUGUCCGGAAGGCAUUGAAAGUCCUCUGCACCCCUCAGACUUAUGGAGUUCGUGCAACCAGCCAGCAGUGCAGUGAGGCUGGAGAUAUCUGUGCUAUUUGCCAAGUGGAGUUCAGGGAGCCUUUGAUCCUUUUGUGCCAGCAUGUGUUUUGUGAGGAGUGCCUCUGCCUGUGGUUUGACAGGGAGAAGACCUGCCCUUUGUGUCGCUCCAUCGCAGUGGAGACUCUGCGCUGCUGGAAAGACGGCACCACCUCAGCUCAUUUCCAGGUUUAUUAACCCCAAUGCACGUACCAGUGUCAAGAUGACGUUAGCAAACAGAAGGAAAAAGCUGCGAAACGCCUUGCUUCCGAGAACUGAGUGGGUUGUUGUCUUCGUCUUUCACCCAGCUCUCUCCCGCCAUGCAACUGGGGAAGCAAAUUAGCAUGUUGUGAUAUCUGUAGCAGGCAUCAGAGUCUGUUAGCAUAAAAAAAUCUGCUAAGGAGGGGGACAGGGAGAGGGUUUUCAACUCUUCCCCAUCAGAUCCGCCCCCCCCCCUGCCACUCUUCUUUGCUAACAUAGAGCUGUAAUCCUUGUGUGAAUUUGCUGUCUACUGCACAGAUUACCCCAGGCUAGUUCCUCUUUGUAUAUUCUCUCUGUGUAAAUAAAUGUUGUGUUUGUAGA